CUCCAUCAUCUCCUCCAUCAUCUCCUCCACCAUCUCCUCCAUCUCCUACCGCAACUUUCGGAGUUUUUUUUUUCUUUUAUUACUGCGUCCGUGCCAACUUGUGGGGAAAAGCUGAAUAUUUUACGGCAUCUUUGAAUUAGAAGCUAUUAGGCAGAAGUAUUCGAGUUUUCCUCCCUUUUGACGCAGCAUGUGUUUAAACCAUUCGGGUUUAAAGCGAGACCUUAUUCUGUUUUUCCUCCUGGAUGCGCGGACACUCGCCUUUCUGUCGGACCUUCGCUUCGUUGUCUGUAAACUUCAAACCGCGGCGAACCGACUGAGCUCGAUCAAGAACAGAACGAUGCCUCUGACUCUUUUAAGCUGAAAAAGCAGCCAAACGACAAAGAUCCCGCGCGAGGCUUUGAGGCUGAUUCUCACGCGGAGCGAGUUGUUUCGAUUUCACCUCCGAGGGCGCGCGCGCGCACAUGCAACACAGACAGGACGCCGCUUUUCCACUAUGACAUACUAGAGAACCGUUAACGCGUGUCCAGGGCGCGAGCGCUCAGAGGGGCUCAAAAGAGACUAUAAAAAAAACACUGGCGAUUUGAUCUGAAGCAGCCUGACGGUCUGAUUUGUGUGUGUACGUGCGUCUGUGUGUUUCUGUGUAAUGCGCAUUCCGAUAGAUCCGAGCAGCAGCAGAAGGUUCAGCCCGCCGUCCAACGGAGUGCAGGCUCUGCCCGGGAAAGCGGCGGAUGCGAGCGCGGCGGGAGCGACGCAGCACGAGGCGAACACGGCGGCGGCGGUGCCGAGACUGCGCGCGCACGACAACCGCACCAUGGUGGAGAUCAUCGCCGACCACCCCGCCGAGCUCGUGCGCACCGACAGCCCCAACUUCCUCUGCUCCGUGCUGCCGUCUCACUGGAGGUGUAACAAAACUCUGCCGGUCGCCUUCAAGGUUGUUGCACUGGGGGACGUUCCUGAUGGAACCGUGGUAACAGUUAUGGCAGGAAACGAUGAGAACUACUCGGCAGAGCUGAGGAACGCCUCAGCCGUCAUGAAGAAUCAGGUGGCACGCUUUAACGACCUGAGGUUCGUCGGGAGGAGUGGGCGAGGAAAGAGCUUCACUCUGACAAUCACAGUAUUCACCAACCCUCCUCAAGUGGCCACUUACCACCGAGCCAUAAAGGUCACAGUGGAUGGACCACGAGAACCAAGGAGACACAGGCAGAAGCUGGAGGACCCUCCCAAACCAGGCUUGUUCUCUGAGCGCCUGAGUGAACUAGAACGUCUGCGCCAUAGCACCAUGAGGGUCGGCGUGCCCACACAGAGCCCACGGCCCUCUCUCAACACCGCAGCAAACUCCUUCAGCCCACAGGGACAGACACAGAUCUCAGACCCACGGCAGUCCCAGUCAUCUCCGCCGUGGUCGUAUGAACAGCCGUACACGCCCUACCUGAGCCAGAUGACUUCUCCUUCUAUCCACUCCACCACUCCGCUGUCCUCCACCCGAGCCACGGGCUUGCCCGCCAUCAGUGAUGUUCCGAGACGUCUCUCAGGUACGUCAGAUCUGAGCCCUUUUGCAGCCGACCCACGCCAGUUUGAGCGGCAGUUUCCCAGCCUGUCUUCUCUGACCGAGACACGUUUCUCUAGUCCCAGGAUGCACUACCCUGCCACAUUCACCUACACACCAACCCCUGUGACAUCAGGCAUGUCUCUAGGCAUGUCCAGCACCACCCACUACCAUACCUACCUGCCACCUCCAUACCCAGGUUCCACCCAGAACCAGAGUGGGCCAUUCCAGACCAGCAGCACGCCGUAUCUGUACUACGGGGCUUCGUCCGGCUCAUACCAGUUCUCCAUGGUGCCAGGAGGGGAACGUUCCCCAACGCGGAUGCUGCCGCCAUGCACCAGCGCCUCGACAGGCAUCAACCCCAACCUGCCAGCUCAGACUGAAGGCACAGAGGCCGACGGCAGCCAUAGCAGCUCACCCACCGCCCUCAACUCUAGCGGAAGGAUGGACGAGUCUGUGUGGCGGCCAUAUUGAAAGAGGUCAGCCAGGUUUGGAGGGUUACACAGGUCUACAUAACAAUGCUCACAAGCUACGCAAAUCUCUGCAGUAACAGACCAUAUGGAAUUGGUUUCUAAGCACAAAUGCUAGAAAUUGCGCAGUUCAGAGAGCAGUGUAACUAUAGUACUUUAAUUUACCAGAGUCCAUGCGUUAUAGUGAGCUAUCUGGAGUUCCACUGCAGAAUCCGGUGAGAGCCAUGCAAGCGCUCUGUUGCUGAACUGAAAUGGUACAGUAGAAGAACUUUUAUUGUAUUCGCUAUGCAUUUCCCUGACUAUUGACUGAGACAUGUUUUCAUACUCAGUGUAUUUUAGAAAUCUUUUAACACUGAACAUCUUUUCAACAUCUUUUUUUAUUUAUGAGUGAAAAGUCAGAUAUAUUAGAUGGUACCUGAUUAUGUAUAUGCCCUCAGAUCUUCUUAAUUUAUGUAUAAAAUUGUAGCAGAUAUGGUACAAAGAAGCAAUAUAAGCCAUAUAAAAACGGUAAAUUAUGCAAAGUGGUUAGAGGGACAAAAUUUAAGACGCUUGAAUAAUAUUUUGGGAAUGAUUAAUAACUUAAUUGUAUAUUUACUCCUUAGUAAUUUAAAAUGUUUUUUUUAUCUUUAUUGUAAGGUAAACACAUAUCCAAUAUGUAAACAAUGAAGGAAUGAUGUCAGACUCAGAUCAAUGGGAUUUUUAGUCUUUUUUUUUGUGCUUGGGUUGUUGCUUUCCUCCUUAGAAAGCUGCAUACAUGGGGGGGGGCAGUUGGCUUAAACAAUGAGGGGCACUUGCAAAGAUAACUAGACCCAAGUCUUGAACUGAGUGAAGCAUUUAUUUACACAUAUGUGACAUAUUCCGCUCUCGGUUUUUUUUCUGACUUUCUUUAUCCGAUGUUUUAUCGAAUUAAUUUAUUUUUCCAUUUUUCUUGUUAUUUAAGGAGAUUGAGUGACUACGAGCAAGACCAAUAGCACACACUCAAUCUUUCCACGUUCACAAAGAGCCGUGUUGAGGUUGCCUAUAUUUCUUUCAGUUUACAAGCCCCCUUACAAUCACAAUAUGUGUUUCGAUCGUGAGCUCUGAAUACAUGUACAACGUACACAAUCGAUGUGAGGAAUCGGCCUUUAAUAUUUAACUGGACCAUAAACUGUGUGUGUAUGACGACAAGUGAACACUAUGCAAAAGAAAUAAUGUUUAAAAUGAAAUAUUUCUUACAAAACAUAUCAAAAUGGAUGGCAUUUUACUUUUGUGCACGUAUGUAUCCCAGAAAUAUUAUUUCUUGAAAAGUUAGAAAAGACAAAUCAAAUGUUCCAGGUCAUGUGCUAGAAGACUGAAUAUGUAAAAUUUCAUAAUGCAAAUUUUGUAUUUGAUGAAUUUUUUUUUCCUGCAUUCAGAUAAUCGGCCAAUUUUAACAAUCUAAAUUGCUUCCUUAAUACUGUUUUUGUUUCUAAUUGUAAUUCUAAACUUAUUUAUUGCUUGGUGAACCAUGUGUCAGAUUGAUCUCUUACUGACAAGAGAUCAACAAAAAUGUCACCGAUUUUAUAUUUGUAAUGGUGUAAUUUUUUACGAGAUUUAAUCACGGUCUUUGAAUAUGUGUGUGUGUGUGUUUUGGAUUCAGACAACACGUGAUACUUCAUUUGUAAAUUGUAACUUAAGAGGCUGCGGGCAGCACCCUGGGAAUCCAAUGUAAUUUUGUUUUUGGUUUUAUCUGGAUCAAAGCACUUCUUUUUUCAUUUCUUUUUGUCUUUGCUUGGUUUUGAAUAAAGCCAUGAUGCCAUGGGGAAGGGGAACAGCUAAACAGCCAAUCAUCAGGUCACAAGAGUCAUCACUUACUGUAGGAACAGAGCUCGAGCCAGAUUGAGUUUACAACUAAAACCUAAAUGCACAUAGUUCAGCCCACUUGGAGUCCAUACAGUAAUGAAUCAUUGUUUGAUGUUCUUGUAUCUGUGUGUGAUACAGUACUGCUACAAUAAUAAUCAGGGUUUUAACUUGGGUAUAAACUGGACUGACUGCUGGUGAGAGCACAAAAAUGUCCCUCUGGCUCAAAGUGAUCAUAUAUUUUUUUUUCAUGCAUCUGCUUUUAAAAUCGGAUUCCUUGUUUUCUUUAGGCUGUUGUCUUUUGGCUGUGAGAAGAGCGAAUAUGUUUACAAUACUGCAAAAGACUUAAAGAACCUCUGCACUGUUAAAAUGAUUGAACUAUUUCUGAUAUUUGCUUUAUGCCAGUGAUGAAUAAUACCAAAAGGAUAAAUUGGUUCUGUCUGAAUGAUACGUUUAAUUGACAUUGCAAAGUUUCGCAAGCGGGUUUUGGGUUUGUGUCAAAUAGCUAACAAAUGUUCGGCUCACGUCGGAGCCCUGAGCUUUAUGAAUGGCCUAGCAAGUAAUGUUAAUCAGAAGCUGUGGUCAGCAAAUCCGCUGCUGGAGUCGGUUCCAGGAUUUUUCAUCUCCGAGUGAAAUCCAGCACACUUGGGGUUGACUGAUUGGCGGCGUUCACAGCUUUGAGGUCUUUGGGGGUCACUUGGGUUUCAUAACUAACCAAAAAUGAAUUUUCCUCUCUGAUUAAGUGACCUAGUAAAGCAGAGACCUGCAGGCUGAGGACAGGAAUAAGUCACGAGUAGCGAAUGGAUUCAGAUUGGCCAGUCCAAAGCAGUAAAUGCAAAAUUAGGCACGGUAUGUUAGGACAUGUCUCUCAAAUACAGUGUUUUGCUUGAAAUAUUCUGGAAAUAAACCCUUUUAUACAUGAAUUGCCUUGUUUUGAAUAACCUUCAUAGACAUUUAGUUUGUAAACUGCUGCAGAAUGUUUUGUUUACUUUGUCAGUCGCUUUCCAUGCACAUACUGUACAGAUUUUUAUGUUCUAGUUGAUAAGUCACCCUGGUUUUCUGUCUCACAUCUUUUCAUUGGUUGAACUCAUUUAUUUGUGAAACUUCCAGCAGUUUCUGUAGGACUAACAGGUCCUGUAAACAUUGUGAGACAUUUUAAACAUUUCUAAUGAUUGUAUCAUUGGUCUUGGAGAAUAAAAAGAAAGAUUUUGUUUAAAAAAAA